ACACGAAACUGAAGAAAAGCCGGCUGAUUGAACCGAGCCCACCCAACCCCAACCCAACCUGCCCCCCAUCCGCCUAGCCGCCGGCGAUCGCCGGAGAUGUCAUGGCUCGCCCGCUCCCUCGCCACAUCCUUCAACCUUCCCGACGAUUCGGGCGCCGACGAUGACCCCGACGCCGACGCCGCGGCCAAUCCCACCCCUUCCCCCUCCGCGCGCAUCCCGCCGCCGCCGCCGCUACCUCCUCACCCGCAGCAUUCUGAGGGCGUCAAGGAGGACCUCACCGAGCUUUCCAAAACCCUGACCCGCCAGUUCUGGGGCGUCGCCAACUUCCUCGCGCCACCGCCCGGGGAGACCUCGCCGUCGCCGUCGCCCUCCCCUCAAUCGGCGGGGGUUCAAUCCGGCGAUGCGGGGACGCCGCCUGAGAUCGCCGGGAUCCGGAACGACUUCGCGGAUAUUGGCGGGAGGUUCAGGAGCGGGAUCUCCCGGAUCUCAAGUCACAAGGCCGUGACUGGGUUCUCUAAGAUGGCCUCCAAUUUCUUCGCUCCUGAAGGCGACGAGGAGAGCGAGUGGGAGGAAGAGCGGAGGCGACGGAUUAGGUAUGAGGUGGGAGAGGAGGCGGUAGGGCACGAGGUGGACGGCGACGAGGAGUGGCAUCAGUGGGAGGAGAGGGUAAGACUUGAGGUGGAAGAUGACCGGGUAGGGCAUGAGUUGGUAGAUGGCCAUGAGUUGGAGAUGGAGAGAGGAAAGCACGAAGAGGAUGGCGAAUUGGAGCUGCAGAGAGUAAGGCACGAGGAGGGUGGUCAAUUCGGGGAGCAGAGAGUAAGGCAUGAGGAGGGUGGUGAAUUGGAGGGCCAUGGGCUAGGGCAUGAGGAGGAAGAAGUGGAGGAGGACUGGGAUGUGAUUGGGAUCACUGAGGAGGUGCUUGCAUUCGCCACAAACAUUGCCAGGCACCCAGAAACCUGGCUUGACUUCCCGCUGCUGCCUGACGAUGAUGAGUCUGAUGGACCAUUCUCAUAUUUUGACAUGUCUGAUGCUCAACAAGAGCAUGCCUUGGCUAUUGAGCAUCUUGCUCCCAGAUUGGCAGCUUUACGGAUUGAACUAUGCCCAAUCCAUAUGAGUGAAGAAUGUUUUUGGAAAAUUUACUUUGUUCUUCUACAUCCUAGACUAAACAAGCAUGAUGCUGAACUUCUUUCUACACCACAGAUUGUGGAAGCUAGAGCAAUGCUUAUGCAACGUUUGCAAUACCAGUCGAAGCUUGAAACUGAGCAGCUAGGUCAUCAUAGGGAUGAUCUUGGAGUUCAGUUACGAGAGGAUGCCUUGAAAGAUGGUACAGAGGCAUUCCCAUUCGUGCGGCAGGAAACUGCUUCUGUCAUGCCCAUAACAGAAAUUGAGAUUGAGAAGCACCCUAUCCAUGUAACUGAAGUUGCAGUAGUGGACAAAUCAGUCAUCAAAGAGGAGCUGCCCAAGGAUCAUACGGAGACCUCAAAUGUUCUGCAAGAGGCCUUUGAUGACGACAUAGAUGAUUGGUUCGACGAAGAGGCCGACCUUGCUGGGCACCCAACUAUCCACAUAGGUGACGAGGAAGAUGUGUCUUUUAGUGACUUGGAAGAGGAUGAUGUGAAAUGAUUUAUUUGCGAACCUUUGACCUGUGUAGUGGACCCGUCAAACGAACCUGUGUAUUGGAAACUGGGCCUCUCUGGUGUACAAGAAAAUAGAGAGGUGAAAGUUGUCCGUGGAAAGAGUACGGUGUACAAUGAAACCCGAGCGGCUUUGUUUUGCUUCCAUGCUGCCGGGAAACGCACUGUGAUCUUACCGCUCGUAACGUGGCGGUUCAAUAGCAUUACGGUUUGUAAUUUUAUUCAUACUCUUGUGUACAUAAGCAUUCGUGAUGUUACAAGUUCAGAACAAUAAAGUUUCAUUCGUUGGUUGGUUGGUCAAA